CCGCUCGCUGUGCGUUUACGCGGUCCGCUCCAGGUAGAUGCACUCGCUGCUGCGCUGCUUGCUCUCGAACAACGGCACGAGAUGUUGCGGACAACGUUUGAGGAGCAAGAUGGCACUGGCAUGCAGAUUGUUCAGCCAAGCCGCGCGAAGGACCUACGGAUCAUUGACGUAUCCGACAAGCAGGACGGUGCCUACAAUCAAAUAUUGCAGCACGAGCAGACGAUGACCUUUGAUCUAACUUCCGAGCCUGGACUGAGGGCAUGUCUACUGAAACUGGGAGAGAACGACCAUAUUCUGUCUAUCGUUAUGCACCACAUCAUCUCCGACGGCUGGUCUGUAGACGUGUUGUGCCAGGAACUAAGCAAGUUCUACGCUGCCGGGCUUCGGGGCCAUGAUCCGCUCUCAUAUGUACGCCCACUUCUUGUGCAGUACCGCGACUUUGCCGUGUGGCAGAAGCAGGCGGAUCAGGCGGCUGAGCACGAUCGGCAGCUCAAGUACUGGGCCAUGCAGCUGAAAGACAGCUCUCCGGCUGAAAUGAUCACCGACUUCCCUCGACCAGCCAUACUAUCCGGCGAGGCCAGCGUUUUCCCAAUCGCCAUUGAAGGAUCUUUGUACAACAAGCUACGGGAGUUCUGUCGUGUACGUCACGUAACGCCUUUUACCGUGCUCCUUGCAACGUUCCGUGCUGCGCACUAUCGUCUUACAGGAGCUGAGGACGCCACUAUUGGCACUCCCAUUGCCAACCGUAAUCGCCCAGAACUCGAGGACCUAAUUGGGUUCUUUGUCAACACCCAGUGUAUGCGGAUUACUAUUGACGACAGCGACACAUUUGAAGAGCUGGUACGCCAGGUCCGGUCGACAACAGCAGCUGCAUUUGUGCAUCAAGAUGUCCCCUUUGAACGGAUCGUGUCGGCUCUCUUGCCCGGGUCAAACGACACAUCCCGAAAUCCGCUUGUGCAGCUCAUGUUUGCGCUUCACUCUCAACAGGACCUUGGAAAGAUCCAGCUAGAGGGCCUAGUAACCGAGAGUGUACCGAUAGCUGUGUCAACUCGGUUUGAUGUGGAGUUCCAUCUGUUCCAGGAGGUCGGCAGGCUAAGUGGCAUGGUCAUUUCUGCCAAAGAUCUUUUCGAGCCCGAGACUAUCCACGGCAUGAUUGGUGUCUUCCACGAGAUCCUGCGCCGCGGCCUCGAGCAGCCCCAGACGCCAAUAGCAACGAUGCCCCUAACUGAUGGUCUAGUGGAUCUCCGCAACAAGGGUCUGCUAGAGGUCGAGAGAACGGACUAUCCGCGCGAGUCGAGCGUGGUUGACGUCUUCUACGAGCAGGUGGCCGCCCACCCAGACGCUAUUGCAGUAACCGAUGCAGCUUCCCAGCUGACGUACUCUGAGCUGGACCAGCAAUCAAACAAGCUAGCCAACUGGCUGCGCCAGCGCUGCCUCGCAGCCGAAACGCUGGUAGGAGUGCUGGCACCGCGAUCGUGCCAAGCAAUUGUUGCCUUCAUUGGAAUCCUCAAGGCCAACUUGGCAUACUUGCCGCUGGAUGUGAACGUUCCUGCGGCCCGCAUCGAUGCAAUUCUAUCGGAGGUCUCUGGUCACAGGCUAGUGCUGCUCGGGUCUAGUGUGCAUCCUCCAGAUGUUCAAGCAUCAAGCGUCGAGAUGGUGCGGAUUGACGAUACGCUUAACCAACACGAUCCAGAUGCUGCCAAGGACACCUUAGAGCGACCCCAGGCUACGAGCCUUGCCUAUGUCAUCUUCACAUCUGGCUCGACAGGAAAGCCCAAGGGC